AUGAGCGAAACGAUUCAGCUUCCGAGCUUCUUGAAGACCUCCAUGGCCGUUGAUCUCCUCCCGGUUGUCAAGCUCCACCAUACCUUCGUCAACUUCGAAGAAUGGGAGCACUCCGUACGCUUCUACCUCCGCUACCACAAGCUUCUCGGUUUUCUUGAGGAAGACGAUACCAUCAGGCCCGUCAGCCGUGUCCAACAGACAAGUGACAAAUCCGACAACAAUCUUCUCCAUCGUCGCUUGUUUGUGUAUUCCAUUAUUUGGAGGUCAGGUGAGGCAGUUCUCUGCCGCUCGACCAUGUCAUUCUCGAACCAGACACCCAGAGAGGGUCUGUUAAAGGAGGUGUAUCAGAAUCGCCAACAUGAUCCGAAGCUACUUUGGGAUGCUAUUCGUGCUGAGGGAUAUGCUGUCGAGGAGUCGAAGUCGUCUUGGUUUUGA